AUGGGUCACCCAGAGGAAGUCGAUGUCAUCGUCUGCGGUGGUGGUCCCGCCGGUAGCGUUACCGCCGGACGUCUAGCCUAUGCCGACCCCACUCUCAAGGUCAUGCUUAUUGAGGGCGGCGCGAACAACCGCGAUGACCCUUGGGUCUACCGUCCUGGUAUCUAUGUCCGGAACAUGCAGAAGGACGGCAUCAACGAGAAGGCGACCUUCUACACGGACACCAUGAAGUCGUCUCACCUCCGUGGCCGUCAGUCUAUCGUCCCCUGCGCCAACAUCCUUGGCGGUGGUUCCAGCAUCAACUUCCAGAUGUACACCCGCGCCUCCGCGUCCGACUGGGAUGACUUCAAGAUGCCGGGCUGGACCGCCAAGGACCUCCUGCCGCUCAUGAAGCGCCUCGAGAACUACCAGAAGCCGACGAACAACGACACGCACGGCUACGAUGGUCCCAUCGCCAUCAGCAACGGCGGCCAGAUCACCCCAGUGGCCCAGGACUUCCUGCGCGCCUCGCAUGCGAUCGGCAUCCCCUUCAGCGACGACAUCCAGGACCUCGAGACCUCUCACGGUGCUGAGAUCUGGGCGAAGUACAUCAACCGCCACACCGGCCGUCGCAGCGACGCGGCGACCGCGUACGUGCACAGCGUGAUGGACGUGCAGAGCAACCUGUACCUCCGCUGCAACGCGCGCGUCUCUCGCGUCCUCUUCGACGGCAACAACACCGCGGUCGGCGUCGCCUACGUCCCCUCCCGCAACCGCGCGAACAACGCGGAGGUGAAGGAGACGAUCGUGAAGGCGCGCAAGAUGGUCGUCAUCUCCUCGGGCACCCUCGGCACCCCCCAGAUCCUCGAGCGCUCUGGCGUCGGCAACGCGGAGAUGCUCAACAAGCUCGGCAUCAAGGUCGUCAGCGACCUCCCGGGCGUCGGUGAGGAGUACCAGGACCACUACACCACGCUCUCCAUCUUCCGCGUCUCCAACGAGACCGUCACCCUCGACGACUUCCUGCGCGGGGACAAGGAGGUGCAGAAGGAGCUCUUCGCCGAGUGGGAGACGAGCCCGGAGAAGGCGCGCCUCUCGUCGAACGCGAUCGACGCCGGCUUCAAGAUCCGCCCGACCGAGGAGGAGCUCAAGGAGAUGGGCCCCGAGUUCAACGAGCUCUGGGACCGCUACUUCAAGGACAAGCCGGACAAGCCGGUCAUGUUCGGCUCGAUCGUCUCCGGCGCGUACGCGGACCACUCGCUCCUCCCGCCCGGCAAGUACAUCACCAUGUUCCAGUACCUCGAGUACCCCGCGUCGCGCGGCAAGAUCCACGUCAAGUCCGCGAACCCGUACGUCGAGCCGUUCUUCGACAGCGGCUUCAUGAACAACAAGGCCGACUUCGCCCCGAUCCGGUGGAGCUACAAGAGGACGCGCGAGAUCGCGCGCCGCAUGGACGCGUACCGCGGCGAGCUCACCUCGCACCACCCGCGCUUCCACCCGAACUCGCCCGCGGCGGCGCGCGACAUCGACAUCCGGACCGCGAAGGAGCUCCUCCCGAACGCGUUCACCGUCGGGAUCCACAUGGGCACCUGGCACAGCCCGAGCGAGCCGUACGACGCGAGCAAGGUGCACGAGGACGUCAAGUACACGAAGGAGGACGACGACGCGAUCGACGACUGGGUCGCGGACCACGUCGAGACCACCUGGCACUCGCUCGGGACGUGCGCGAUGAAGCCGCGCGAGCAGGGCGGCGUCGUCGACGAGCGCCUGAACGUGUACGGCACCAAGAACCUCAAGUGCGUCGACCUCAGCAUCUGCCCGGACAACCUCGGCACGAACACGUACUCGUCCGCGCUCCUGGUCGGCGAGAAGGGAGCCACCCUGGUCGCUGAGGAUCUCGGCCUUAAGCUCCGCUUCCCCCACGCUCCGGUCCCCCACGCGCCCGUCCCCGCUGGCAAGCCCGCCACCCAGCUCGUCCGGUGA